GAAAAAUUACUACAUAAAUAGGAUUAAAAUAGUUUAAAAUGUUUAGAAGUGUUUUUGCUAGAAGUUUUAAGAGUGGUGUGUUAUUAAAUGUAUAUAAAAGGCAAUAUGCAUUUGUCAGAGAAAGAAGAAAUCCUGAAAGCAUAAUAAGCACUUUAACCUCUACAAAAAUAACAACAUCAGAAGAUUGGGAAGUAGUAAAAAAUAAAAUUUUCAAUGAUUUUAAUACUAUUAAACCAUCAAAUAUUGAUGCAGUGGUGCUUACAAAUUGUAUUAAUUAUAAACACUAUGACUUAGCUGAGAAUUAUUUAGAAUACCUGAAGAAGUCAGGUGUUGAAUAUAAUUUAGCUACAAUUGGUAAAAUAUUCAAACUUAAUUUUUGUACACAGAAUGAAUCUAAGGGUAAGGAUAGUAAAAGAAACACACAUGAAACACUAUAUGCUAUGUAUGAACAAGUGAAAGGAAAAUAUGGAACUCUAGAUUCAAUAACAAAUGAACAUGUUAUCAUGGGCCUCUCUGUAACUGAUAAAUGGGAAAUCUGCAAAGAUAUUCUAAAUGAAAUCAAAUUAACAUGUGUUCCAAAUUCAAUAGCUUACAGCUGCACAGUUAAAGCUGCUUUUCAAAAUGGUCAAUUUGAUUAUGCUUGGAAUUUGUUGAAUGAAAUGCUUGAGAAAAACAGGAAACCAAACAAUAUGUGUUACAUAGCAUACAUUGAUAAAUGUAUAGAAGAUAAAAGCAUAAGCUUAGAAAAAUUAUUUGAGUUUCUUGGAGAUAAUGAUUUGAUAUGUGACUGGGAAUUGAUUCAAAAUUUACGGAAAUAUUUCCAGGAAACUAAAUUUGUGAAAAUCACUCAAAAAGGUUUAUGCACUGGAUGCAAGAAAGUGAUACCACGGAUCGAUUUGUCCGACGAGGAAUUUGAUGUUCUUAAAUCGAAGAUAUUCGAAAGAGUUAUUGUUGGAAAAGACGUUUUUAGAAAUACUUCACCAUCCGAGCUGCAACUUUUCCAAAAAAUGAUGAACAAAAACAUUAAUUACGAUGUGGUAAUCGACGGUUUAAAUGUUGCUUACUCUGCGGGCACGAAAACCUCAGCGUUCGUAAAUGCCCAUUUGCUUUCAUCGGUAGUUCGUUAUUACAUCGAACAGAAUAAAAAAGUCUUGGUACUAGGUAGAACCCACAUGGAAAGAUGGCCUAAGAAGUAUUUUGACUUUAUACGUGCCAAUGCCGAGAUAUUUCUGACGCAAAACAUUUCCAAAGAUGAUCCGUAUUUGCUUUACUGUGCCUUGCACGCCGGAUCGAACGCAAUCAUUGUUAGUAGGGAUCUGAUGAGAAGCCACGUAUAUUUGCUUAAAGAAAAUCAUCAUAAACGGCUGUUCACAAGGUGGUUAACUCAAUCGCAGCAUCAGCUCGUCAAAGUUUUGGAUAACGGCGACGUUAUAAUAAAGAAACCGUUACCUUAUGUCGAAACAACCCAGAAAGUUGAUGGUUACUGGCACCUGCCUUAUUACACUGUGGAGAAUCAGGAAUCGGUCAAUUGGAUGUGUUUAAAAUUGAAAUAAAAUGCAAUCGUUUUUUUUUA